UGAGUUUGGUUCAGUUUUGCGGGCUUUUUUUUUUGAUACUUUCAUCGCUCUCAAGUUUUUGCCAGUUAAUAGUGAGUUCUCUGCGACUUAGCGCUGCAGUAAACAAUCGGCGGCACAUGCGCUACGUUCUAUCUCUAACAAAACUGAUCGGUCGCACGAUCGGACUUUAAAGUAUUUUGCAAGUUGAGUAACCUGCAGUGAUUUAUUGGAAUAUUACCAAAAAAUUAAUACAAUUAAAUUUAUUGGUUAAUUAAAAAGUUAAAAAAUAGUUCUUCGAAAUAAAGUAGAAGUACACUCAUGAUCGUUAUUUGUCCUCAAAAAAAAGUGAUCGAGACUUAAACAGCUCGAGGCGCAAUCUUGCAUAAUAGGAGUAAGAAAAAAAAGAAGUACAACAACGACGACGAUCGAAGUCGUCCGUCGACGACAAUAACAACGACAAAAUUCGCGUUGCAAAGUGAGAAUAUAGUCGAAGCGAGUGAUCUUUAUAUUUUUUUUGUAUUUGUUUGUGGUAUGCAAACGAUCGUUGCAGACCAGAGAGUUUGCUUAAAAAAAAAAGUGUUUCAAAAGAAAUACCUUUUAGGCGGGUUGUUUAGAAGGCGCGCGCGCACACUCUCUUGUAUCGACUAAAGUCGAUUACAACGACGACGACGAUCGUCGACCGACGCGACAUCGACGUAUGUAACAGUGUGGAACUAAAAAAAAAUCGUGGUCGUUAUAAAUUCGAUUAAAUUCCUUGCAAGUUGUGAAGUUAGUCUAAGAAGCUUGUGCUCAAUUGGGCAGCAUUUGGCGGGACGCAAUUAUCCGGGCUCACAAAAGGCUGAUAAACUUUCCUCCAGUUGGAGUAUACCUUCUACGUAUGUGUAGAGUUUGAAAAGAGGAAAAUCCAGCAAACAAAAAAAAAAGAGUUUUCCGCACAAACUUCCACUUUUGUUCAAAAAAAAACGAAAAAUUGUUUCGAUCGCGUUUCUUGCUUUUGUUUUGUUUUAUGUGUAUUGUCCAGCUCUAGCUCAAGCUCUAAGCUAGCGGCGACAGGCCAAAGUGACAGUUCGAGCUGCUAAAAAAAAAAAAAAAAGCAGAUACGAUUAGGUGGAAAGAUAUAAAAUAUAACUUCUACCUUGCAACUUGUAGUAUAAACAACGAAGAAGACGAUAUCAGACAUUUAAAUAAGUUGUUACUUAAGAAGCGGUAUUUGGAGGUGCAAGAGGAAUGCAAUCAUAAAAAAAUUAGUUUGCAAUCACAAACGUAAAAAGGGGCUUGAAUGUAUAUCAAACAUUAGACAUUUUGGCCAAAAAACCUGAAUUACUCUUUGAAUUUGAUUGAAACGCAUUACAAAACAGGUCUGGCAUUAUGUAAUCCAACAACGGACAAUCAACAUUAAAUGCUCUCAACUUUAACCCAGGAUAAAAGUUUCGAUAUUCCCGCAGACUUUUCUAAAUUUCUAUUUAACAAUUCUGUGAUACAAGAAGCCCAAAGAUGAAGCCGUUGGCCUUGCACUUGGUUGUGAUUCUCUUUGUGGGAUCACAACUGCUUGGCACGGUUGUUCUACAGACGACAACGGGUCAACCGCCAUCACUACCAUUCCCGCAGCGAUCACAAGUAACAACAAUGAUGACGCCAUCAUCAUUGACAUCAUCCAUAAAACUAAUGGCCAUCACUAGCACACCUAACAACAGCACAGCCGCCAUCCAUAGCAGCAGCAGCAAUAACAGUAACCAGAGAUCAAUGGCACACGACCAGUCAACGAAUGAUGCUUCAGACGAAGAUUCCACUCCACCAUCGUCGUCGUCGUCGUCGUCGUCGACAUCAUCAGUUAAUAGCCGUAAUGGUGCAACGGUGGCGAUAGUGCCGGCUCGUGGUCGCUCUAUUGGCAGCAGCAGCAUACCAUCAUCAAAAGAGUCUACUACUUUUCAACGGCGGAGGUUGCAUCCACAGUAUAGGUCACCAUCGGCAUCAUCAUCGCCAGCUUCGUCUUCUUCGUCGUUGUCGGGUAUACAGCAAGUGCAACAACUACAUCGACACCAGUUUCGACGUCAAUCGGAGUCUUCAACUAGCCAACCAGUCGUGGCGGUGCACCAGCUACAGACAGCAAAAACACCUCGUAUGAUUCAUCGAAUGGUAGGUGGCCACAUACAAAACACACCUCCAGUAUUGACAACUUCAAAACCCUCCACGCCAAGUUUCAUCAAGAGAACCCCACUUCACAUGAGCAGCUCCUAUAGAUCACCAAAAUUUGGUCUAAAUCAACCUGUUUCAACACGAAAACCUACAGCAGAAGUAUCAGACGCUGAAGAUCGUGAAGAUAUUGAUGAUGCGGCUUACCUUGAUGAUCCGGGAGAUUUCGAUAACUGGGACAAUGGCAUCCUACGACUAAGUGCUGGAAGUGGAAAAGAAACCUCCACAAAAGGAAAAAAGAAAGAUGACUCAAAAAAAACUCUCUCCGAUCAAGUUCGUGAUGGAAAAUACGGACUCAUCGAAAAAGAACUCUUUCGCAGGGAACCCCAACGACCGGGUGUCCUAAGCUAUCUACCCAACAAAGAAGUUCCAAUCGAUAAUGAACGUAAUUAUGGAGGUCUCAAUGAAGAUGACAUUUGGUUAGCUGAAGAUCAUUUACUAGUUAUCAAAGGUGGUAGCUUAAAUGAACCAGAUCCAGCUGAACCAUGGCCACCUCUAGACGACUACGAUGCACCUGGACGACAAAUAAAAAUUCCACCAAAUCCAAAAGUUCCGCCACCAUUUCCCGUCCAGCUCGAAGAAAAUGGCCCGAUACAGUUUAUCGGAAAUAGUAAAGUAUCGAUCGUCUAUCCGAUCGCGAACGAAUCGAUAUCCUUAUAUUCCGCCGGAACAGAAACUCAAAAUGAACACCCAUCCGAAAUUGAUGGUACCAAUGAGAAAAAUCUACUUACCCGGCCCGGAACGUCUGGCGGCACUGAGAAGGGCCAAAAUGACCCAAGUUACUUCUACCCAAAACCCUAUCCGCCAUGGUUAUUCCAAAAUCAAACUUAUGUAAAUCCAUUUUUGGGCAAUAGGCCACUGCCAUUUCCGGGAAUCGGUCCAUUUACAAAUGGGUCUCUGGAAGCAUUUAAUGGUACUGAUUUUGAUGAAGAUGAUCCAUCAUUGUAUUAUCCUCCACCCUACAGUUUUGUUUAUAAAAGUAAUUAUUCAAAUCCAGUUCCUCCAGGGCCUUUGGUUCCAGGAAUAGUAUUGCCACCUCCACCAGAUGCUUUCGCACGGUUAGAGAAACCAAGAACUAAAUUCCCAUCAUAUUCCACAACAUCCACAACAGAAGUUCCAUUCAGGGACAUAUUGACGAAAAUUUCGGAGUAUACUCCGAAAACUGUCAACGUCAAUGCUCCAAAACCAACCAGGCCACCUCAAUAUCUCACAACAUCUCCUAAAUUACAGCCAGUUUCGUCUCCGAAAGAAAUUUACUAUUCUCCACCAACACCACCAGCGGCCCCUUCAAAGGUCUACUCCACUCCGAAUAGCGUAUCAUUUAUUCCGACAACUACAAGUCGCAUUCCAAAUGGUAAUACCCCAACCCUUACAAAAUCCAAUCCAAUCUACUACGAGUAUUAUGAAGCCCGCAAAGAGCCACCACCGUCAACAACACCAAGCUAUGUCCCAGAGUUUAUACCAAAACCCUCAGUUCCACAGCAAAGACCACAACACAAACCCUCGAAGAAGUCCAAGAUCAAUCCAUCAACUAAUCCCCAGUACUACUACACAACCACAACAACCACUCCCCGGCCUUCAACAAAACAGCAAUACAUCCCCACAAGUCGACCUCAAUUCGUCUACGAAGACUAUGUCUACAUCACUCCCAAGCCUGAGAUUCGCCCUAAUGGCAUCUCGAAUACCAACCGCAACUACAUUCCCUCUUACCAAGCUCCAGUCAAGGUUCCACCACUCAAGAAUAACCUUCCGUAUGAGAGUUUUGAGCGCGAAGUCAAUGCCAUUCGCGAGAAGCUUCGAUUCUAUCAAAGUCAACAGCUCCAAGACAACAGUAUUCCUCGUACUCCGAAAUCUAAACCAAACUAUGAUUACAACUUUAACACCGCAAAACCUACGAACCGCAAUUUCAAUCCACCAACAGAAUAUGAUGCUGAACCAUUUAAACCAAUGGUACCUUAUAGCCCACCAGUGGAUGAUGCAAAUGCUUUUAGAGCUAUUGCAUUUGAAAAAGUUGACAAUGAUCUAUCCUCGCCACAAGCUUACUACACUGACACUUCUACCACUGUCGAACCACCAACCGAGGUUCAAGUGAGACAGCAGAAGAAGAUUCGCGUAGGAGCCAAGUAUUUGCAACCUUUCAUAACGCCUUAUGACCAAGAACAACCAAUAAGUGGAAGACCAAUCGAGUACAAUGCUGUGUCAACACCGCGAACGGUCUUGACAACUCCGAAACCAUGGAUUUCAGUAGAGAAACAAGUCGUUCAGGAGGUACCAGCUCCUCAGAAAUCUGCACGUUUACAAGUGGCUAGUAAUCGAGGAUUUCAAGGACAAUUCCCAGGCUACUAUUAUAAUCCUCCAAUCCGUCAAAAUAACCGUUAUUACGAGGAACCAUUCUACCAACAACCACCUCCAACAAGAAAGAUUGUCAAUCGACCAGCUCGUCCUCAAAAACCACAACAACAACAAGUUUGGAGUUUAGAAAAUGACACUUAUGUGAAUUAUGCUCCAAAUAGACCUCCUCUCAAUCCUGAGGCUGAAUUUAUCAAUCCAUAUCAGCCUUUUAAUCAAUACUCAAAACCUCAAUAUAGUCAACCUCAACGGUUGCCACCUAUUCAAAGUCAGAAUCCUUAUUUCCCACCACCACCUAGCAGGUUGCCAAAUAGACAGCAACAGUUAUCACUUCAUAGAGAUACACUCAUUAAUUACCGUCAGCCAUUGCCACCACUUAAUCCUGACAGUGAAUACAUUAGUAUUCCUAGUCGAAAUCAGCAGCAACAGUUGCCCUUGCCAAGUUAUCAUUCGCCAGUACAAUAUCCAUCACAACAGAGUGGAAAUGCUUAUUUUAUUACGCCGAAGUAUAGGCGAUAUAGUGGAGGAGGUGGUGGUGGAGGUGAACAAUAAAUUCACCACUUUCUUCUUUC